AUGGCGCCGCUGGUUCGUGCAGAGGUGCGAGACGCAGGCCGAGAGAAAGAACUUUUCCGGGUGUCCGGCGGGUUCUUCCCCACAGCCGUGCAACGGCUUCUCCUGAAAUGCCUGCUGCGUGGCGUCAACCUCGCGGCCUUUGUGGCGGGCGGCGCUUCCUCCGCUCCGUCGCUCGGGCCGAGUGAGGGAGUCGCGUCUUCUCGGCGGAGUCAGGAGCGUCAUGAAGCUGGAGAAGAGGCGAGGACGGCCGACGGAACGGCUUCUUCAGCAGAGGAGAGACAGGUCGCAUGCAAGCCGGCGCUGAGUUAUGUCGACGAAAGUCUCCGGUGUUUUUGUUUCGAUCCGACACGCGAGAACGGCACUUCACUUGUCAGCGCCAGCGAAGAAACCGAGAGGCAGGAGUACGCCGCAGCUCGGGAGUUUGUUUCUCUCCUCCUUGUGGUUCUCUCCAAGUCACUCGCUGUCUGUUCCUCUGGGCCUUCUUCGGCAGGCGCGUCAGACGGACAUACGGAAACAGAUUUGUCUCGCCACACACACCAGGCCAGCUUAGCGCGCUUUGCGCAGCGCGUGACACAGGAAUUCUCAGUAGAUCAGUUGACAUGUAUGCUUUUGAAGUUGUCACGAAAUCUCUUUUCGAUUCUCUCGGGACAGCCUAGCGAGUCCAGCGUCACGACAGCUCGCCCGGGAGUGUUGACUUCCGAUGUCGAGAGCCGGAACGCAGGAAGGGAUGCGCAGUUAGGCUCCGAAGCUGCAGGUUGUUUAGCCUCUCUCGAGUCCAGCGAAGCGUCGCUUUCCAACUGUCCUUGCUGUUUCACGGACAGCGUUUGCGCCCAGGGUUUGUACGGGCCGCCGAUCAGCUGCAUGAACCACAGCUGUACAUACAACGCGAGAGCGGUCUUUGGUGACGGCAGUCGCUCUCGACUCGCCAUUCGCAUUGUGGCCAUUCGCGACAUUCAAAAAGACGAGGAAAUCUGCAUUUCGUACGUGCCUCGAGUCGCGUUCAGCCGCGCGAGAGAGCGGCGAGAACACCUCCUUCGCGGCUACGGAUUUCUCUGCUGUUGUCCGCUGUGCUGUGGCUGCUGCGUGGGGGCGGCGAACGGGCGCGAGGCGGGGCUGCUGCGUGUAGCCGUAGCGGAGAGGGAGCGUCCUUCUGGGGAGGCGGGGCGUUUGGUAGACGGGACAGCAUCGCGAGAAAAAGAUCACGACGGAAACGAGGAGACGAGCGUGUCCACUCCAGAGAAGCGCCGCAGUUUGGAGGGGGCCCCGCGUAGCUCGGAGAUCCUCGAGAAGGCAGUCUGUGGAGGAAACUCGAACCACGGCGACAGGGAUCUCAGUCCUUGUCUCUUCUCGCUCAGUGAAGCUUUCGACACACAAACGGCAAACAUUUUCUUCUGCAAUUCGCCCCAGUGCCGCGCAGUCUGUUACACGCCGCAGGGCGAUGCACUCCUCGCCCUCGAGGACGGAAGGAGGCUGCAGUGUAUGGCUGCCGCCGGGCGCCCAGAGACGCGUGGCCGUUGUAAAGACGCUCUUGGCUCUCAAGAUGACACAUGUGGGAACGCCUGCGGGUUCCAAAGCUCGGCGUCUGUUUCGGGGCUGCAAAGAAAAAGGCAAGACACCUGGGCGAAGCACAUUCGGCUUCGCCUGCCGGUCCGACUCUGUCGGCGCUCAGAGGACGGCUCGGCGCCAUCUGCGCGGGACUUGGUGUGUCUAGCUCCCGAGGGAAAUCGCGCGUUUCCUCCAGCGUCGAGGGAAGAAACGAAAGGCCAAACUGCGACGGAAGACCACCCGUGGCCCAGUUCGGUGUGUACGCUGUGCCAGGGGGAACUGAGCCUGCGAGACCAGGAGGCGGUGCGGCAGAGUUUCGCACAACUGCCGUGGCUGGUGCGCCGUUUGGAAUGUGAAGCGUCUUGCCCAGAACUGUCGCGUCUUCUGCAUCGAUUUCUGUACGUGUACAAGACGGUGUUCCCCCACAGCCACCCUGGAAACCUCCUCCUCGCUGGUCUCAGAGGCCGCGUGUUGUCCCUUUUUCUCGGCCAGCCGGAGUUUUACAUUCCCUGCGUCUUACUCCUGCAGGAGCACCAGAUCGACGCGAUGUCGGCGAUCCACGGGCCGUCGUCGCCCGAAGCCGCUCACGAGCUUCAGGCGGCCGGUCGAUUGCUUCUGUUUCUCGGGGAGGGAGACGACACAGAAGCUCGGAAGGCUUGGCAAACCUGGCAAGAGGGCGUGCGCGUGAUGCAGAGCAGGUUCUUUCUCAGUGUGCACGAGCUCUGCACGACCUCAGAGAGACGUCUUGAGGGAACGUGGAGCGACCGGGACAACCGCGAGGAGUAUCAAGAGAAUUCUCUGGUCUACAAGACACUGGAGCUUGUUUCCAGCACGGGAGUAUACGGACAGGUCCCUAAAGGAGCCUUCCGCUUUUAA